AUGAGAGAGACCGUUGACAAGAGUCCGUCAAACUACCGGAUUCAGCUCGAGCUUGUCAAGCUGCUCGUCGAAAGGGCUGAUACCGUCCAGAAGCUUGGCGAUAGCGCCACUCCCAACCAUCUGCGCAUGAGGGAUCUCUACCACCAGGAGGCCUUCAAACGACUGAAGAAAAUGUCAUCAACUGGUCCUUCGCCCUCGACCGAUGCCCAGUUCCUGCUGGCCGAAGCCUAUGGCCAGGGCCUGUUGGGGCUUCGCAAGGAUGUCGACCGUGCCUUUGCUCUGUACUCACAGGCGGCUCGUGGCAACCACCCCACUGCCUGCUAUCGCACUGCGGUUUGCUACGAGGUCGGCGCCGGCACCCGUCGGGAUUUUUCCAAGGCAGCCCAAUUCUACCGCAAGGCGGCUUCCCAGUCCGAGACCGCGGCGAUGCACAAGCUGGGUGUGACGCUUCUCUAUGGGCUCAUGAAUCAGCCCAAGAACGUCCGAGAAGGCAUCAACUGGCUCAAGAAGGCCGGCAGCAAGGCUGAUGAGACCACGCCACAUGCUCUGUACGAGCUCGCGAUCCUCCACGAAGGCGGCGUUGGCGAUUCCCAGAUUCUGCCGGUAAGUCCUGCGGCUUAUGCGUACUCGCUUUAUUUGCAAGCUGCCCGGCUCGGCCAUGUGCGCUCUCAAGUGCGCCUGGGUCGCUGCUUUGAGCACGAGCUGCUGGGCUGUCCCAAGGACCCUCGCAAGUCGAUUGCCUGGUACUCCGAGGCCGCCAGCCACGGCGACAUGGAGGCCGAGAUGGCAUUGGCGGCAUGGUAUCUCGCGGGGGCCCCCGGUGUGCUCAUCCAGAGCGACGAGGAGGCCUUCAAGUGGGCAUCCAAGUCUGCCGACAAAGGCUACGCCAAGGCCGAGUACGCUAUGGGACACUUUUUCCAGCACGGCAUCGGAACCCAGGCUGACCCGAAUCAGGCCCGCACCUGGUACCAGAAGGCCGCCAAGAACGGCAACAAGAAGGCCAUCCAGAAGCUACAGGAGUUGGGAAUCAAGUCGCCCAAAUAG